AAUGGUCGAGUCGAACCUGUUGUUUCUUCUCACGUCUUGCCUUCGAAUGAGCUUUCUCAAUCAACCUCUCGUUCUUCCCCGCCCAAUUCCCUACGUACCCCAGCCGCCAUUCACAUUCAAUCGCCAAAAGCAACCUCCUCCAGUUUCUGUAACAGCCUCUUCUUCAGAUAAAUAUAAAUCGGUAAUAAAGAAUCAAGAUUCAUCAAUCCUGGAUCUAGAAGAGGCUAUAGAUAAGCGGCUCGACGAAGAGCUCGUCGACUUAGCUAUUCCACCGAGUUAUAAGAAAUCGCAUAAACGAGCCGAUUCGUCGACGGCUCAUAUGAAUCAGGCUCAGGCUUUGGAAGAUGGCGCUACAGAACCGGAUAUUCCAGUCAACCUAACGGAAAUCGAUUCUGGUCCAGUUGUGGAAGAUCUAAUUGAAAAGAAAUAUCCACUGAGCUGCUGUUUAAUUUUCCUCUCCGUUUCUGGCCAUCUAUUAUCCUGCAUAUUUUGGUCCCUGGUAGUAAAUUCCUUAUGUACAUCACAAAUGAAACAAUGUAUUAUAUACGGAGUCCUCCUUGGUAUAUCCUAUAUAAUGAUCUUUACUGAAGCUUUCAAUUCAAGGACAAGGGCUUUUGUAAGAAACUAUAUCGACUAUGAAACGUUCGAAAAUUUCUUGACCCAUAUUAAAAUGGCUCCGCCCAUUUGCAGUUGGGACGUUAUUUGUUACGAUAUAGAGAGGAAGAAGAGAUCUGCCGAUAUGGAAAUUCAGAGGCAUAAAGAUGUAAUGAGAUUCGAGCAUAACAGAUCUACAGACUAUUCCGAUGAAUUUCCAAGAUAUAAAGAGAAUUCUCUGACACGGGUUAGUAUUAUAAAUUAUUCAAUUAGCUAA